GUGUCGUCACUCCCAUGCAAAUGACAACACAGUAAUGGCGGCGUGCGCAGUCGCCACGCUUUCCUUCUGAAAACCAUCGUGAGCAGCCGUAUUUGCGUGAUUUUAAGUAGUAAAUCUUUACCAUGUCGGGGCGACACAACAACAAGUUGCCGAACAAUUUGCCGCAACUGCAGAAUCUAAUCAAGCGGGACCCCCAAUCUUAUGUAGCAGAGUUUUUGCAGCAGUACAGACACUACCAGUCCAAUGUGCAGAUCUUUAAACUACAGCCCGACAAACCCAACAAGGAGUUGGCGGAACUUGUCAUGUUCCUUGCUCAGGUGGCCCACUGUUAUCUGCAGCAUUUGUCUACUUUUCCUCAAGAGCUGACUGAGUUGUUACUGAGUCACCACACAGUCGUGGAGGCAGACUUAAGAAUGACCUUCUGCAAGGCUUUGAUUCUCUUGCGAAACAAGGACCUGAUCGACCCCACCGGCCUGCUCGAGCUCUUCUUUGAGCUGCUGCGAUGUCACGACAAGCUGCUACGGAAGACGUUAUACACACACAUUGUGGCUGACAUCAAAAACAUCAACGCCAAGCACAAAAACAACAAGGUGAACUCGUCAUUGCAGAACUUCAUGUACACUAUGCUAAGAGACCGCAAUCCCAUCGCAGCCAAGAUAUCCUUAGAUGUGAUGGUGGAGCUGUACAAGAGGAACAUUUGGAACGACACCAAAACGGUCAAUGUCAUCACCACAGCGUGCUUCUCCAAUGUGACAAAGAUCAUGGUGGCCGGACUCAAGUUUUUCUUGGGGGCAGAUGAAGAGAACGAGGGCAGCGAGUCAGACUCAGAGGAAAAGGGACCAACAGUGCGCGACCUGAAGGUAAGAUUCAACACUGGGAGGAAAACUUCCAAAAACAAGAAGAAGCUGGAAAAAGCAAUGAAAGUCCUCAAGAAACACAAGAAGAAGAACAAAGCCGAGGUGUUCAACUUUUCCGCCCUUCACCUCAUUCACGAUCCCCAAGACUUUUCGGAGAAGCUCCUGAAGCAGCUAGAAAACUCCAAAGAGCGCUUCGAGGUCAAGAUCAUGAUGAUGGAGCUCAUUUCUAGACUGGUCGGCAUCCACGAGCUCUUCCUCUUCAAUUAUUAUCCAUUCAUCCAGAGAUUCCUUCAGCCACAUCAAAGAGAGGUGACAAAGAUCCUCCUGUGCGCCGCACAGUCUUCCCACCAACUCGUCCCGCCUGAGAUCAUCGAGUCGGUCAUCCGCACGAUUGCCAACAACUUUGUUACCGAUCGAAACUCCGGCGAGGUUAUGACUGUGGGGAUCAACGCCAUUAGAGAGGUGGUUGCCCGUUGUCCACUCAGCAUCAAUGAAGAGCUGCUGCAGGACCUGGCUCAGUACAAGACCCACAAAGACAAGAAUGUGAUGAUGUCCUCCAGAGGCCUCAUCCAGCUUUUUAGGAAUCUCAACCCGCAAAUGCUGCACAAGAAGGACAGGGGAAGGCCCACAGAGGCGUUGUCGGAGGCCAGGGUGAAGGACUACGGCGAGCUGGGAGCUAAAGAUUACAUUCCUGGAGCGGAGGUGCUGGAGGUGGAGGAGGAAGUCAAAGAGGGUGAAGAAGACGGCUGGGAGAGCGUCAGUGUGAGCGACGAGGACGAGGAUGGGGAGUGGGUGGACGUCCACCACUCGUCCGAUGAAGACGCGACAGAAGUGACGGAGAAGCUGAAGAGUUUACCAGCUGAAGAGCGGGAGGCCAAGGCGGCGGCGGUAAGCGUGAGCCGUCUCCUCACGCAGGACGACUUCAAGAAGAUCAGACUGGCCCAGAUGGCUAAGGAGGUCAACGGCGCACCAGGGAAGAAGAGGAAAGCAGCGGACGAUGAUGACGAAGAACGCAGCAGAGGGGAGCUGCUGAGCCUGAGGGAUAUUGAGAGGCUCCAUAAGAAACCAAAAGCUGACAAGGAGGCCCGUCUGGCAACAGCAAUGGCGGGCCGAACGGACCGUAAGGACUUUGUGAAGAAAAGGACCAAGUUAAAUCCUCACGCCAGCACCAGCAACAAAGAGAAGAGACGCACAAAGAAUUUCAUGAUGAUGAGACACAGCCAGAACGUCCGAACCAAAGGCAAACGUUCCUUCAGAGAGAAGCAGAUUGCUCUCCGGGAUGCACUCCUAAAAAGGAGGAAGCAGCACAAGUAGUGACUGUCUACUCGGGGCUGCAUCAAAUCAUGGCAAUGAUUUAUAAAAAAAUGCUAUUAUUAUUGUAUCACUUCCAACAUUGCUUUGAAAUAAAUCAUAUUUGGUAGUGAAAU